GUAUGCUAUGCGAGACCUGCCGAUGAGGACCCGGAGGCCCGAUGUGGGGGUGGUUUCGGUGGUGGCGGCGGCGGUAGAGGGGGUUUCAGGGGGUUUCAGGUAGGGGUCUUGCAAAGUUAUGCCAAACACCACAACAAGACGUCAGACAUAAUACCGGAGGAAAAGUGUGGCGGAGGUUAUGGUGGCGGAGGUUAUGGUGGCGGAGGUUAUGGCGGCGGGGGCUAUAGAAAUGGUGGCAGAAAUAAUGGUGGCGCUGGAAAUGGGGGGGCUGGCACAGUAACCGGGGUACAACCUCUAUCCGACGGCAGUUACCUGUUAUACUGCGCCCUUUCCUAUGGAAAGCCUGUCAACGAUACCGACCCCGAGGCCCGAUGUUAUGGCGGGGGUUAUGGCUAUGGAGGUUACCCGGUGUACAUCCCGGUGCCCGUGGCUACUAAUGGUGCUCCCGGAACGGGAACGGCUGCUAACCCUAACGUACCGCAAGUAACUGGAGUCCAGCAACUGUCCGAUGGUACCUUGCUACUUUACAACGGCAACACCAUUAUUGGUCGCACCCUACCUGGCCGUACGAUUAACACACCUAACGGCCCCCUGAAUACCGGUACCGCUCAACCAGUUCCCGCCGCUGCUAAUAAUGUGCCGCAAAUCACCGGUCAGUCCCAACCUAACGGCCCCAAUGGACCCACCAUUUUGUAUUCCGGACAGACACCGGUAGCCCAGUUGCCAGCAGGGUACACCAUUGUACCACCCGCUAAUAACGGCAAAUAAACUAG